AUGGAACCCAUUGCUAUUGUAGGCCUGGCCUUCAGGCUGCCCGACGGCGUUGAAGAUGACUUGAGCUUCUGGGAUAUGCUUGAGAAUAAGAGAAAUGUAAUGCAGGAGUGGCCAGAGAGUCGAGCAAACAUCGGAACAUUCUAUAAACCAGGUUCGGGAAUCAAGAACACGGUAAGUCCUAUCAAAAGCUGUCUGUAGAGACAAUUUGUCACUGACAAAGAAAUCAGCUGUAUUCGAGGGGCGGCUACUUUAUGAAAGGGGAUCCGGCCGCCUUCGAUGCUCCCUUCUUCUCAAUCACAGCCCAGGGUAUGCAGGGUAGUUCUGAUAUUCGGUAUAUAUCAAAAUGCUGACAUGUAGACGUAGAGGCGGCUGCAAUGGACCCGCAGCAACGAUGGCUUCUCGAGACGUCGUACAGGGCUCUAGAAAAUGGCAUGUGGUCAUCAAACCUUCAACCUGCUUCAAUGUUGAACCAACUGCUUACACUGUGUAGCGGGUAUUCCUGUGGAGAAGGCAGCAGGAACUAGCACAGCAGUCUAUGCGUCGUCUACAUCUGAAGACUACAUUAUGAUGACUGCCAAAGACCCCGAUCAUGCGCCAGCAACCGUAUCAACCUCCACUAGCCCUAGUAUUCAGGCGAACCGUAUCAGUUGGUACUUCGAUCUGAAAGGCCCCAGUAUCCAUGUCAACACGGCUUGUUCAUCCAGUAUGAUCACCAUGGACCUUGCAUGUCAAAGCCUGAGGAGUGGGCAGAGUUCAAUGGUAUGCGGACUCAAAGCAAGUCUGGUAACCCGUCCAAAUACUAACCGCUUCUGUAGGCCUUAGUAACAUCUGCAAAUAGUCUGUUGAGUCCAGAAUGGUCUCUCUAUCAGUCAAACAUGAGUUUCCUGUCAGCGGAUAGCCGCUGCUAUAGCUUCGAUCAGCGCGCCAAUGGCUAUGCAAGAGGAGAAGGCGUUGCUGUGCUUGUUCUCAAGAGAAUAAAAGAUGCAAUAAGGGACAGGGACAUGAUCCGUGCUGUGAUUCGAGCAACUGGCUCGAACCAAGACGGCCAUACCCCAGGCCUCGCUCAGCCAAGCCAGUCUGCGCAGGAGGCGCUCAUUCGUCAAGUGUACAAGAGUUGCAACUUGAAUUUUGAGAACACGCGUUACGUGGAAGCCCAUGGUAUGUUCUCCGUGACCAGAUUCCACAUCGUUCCGUCUGACAGGUCCAGGCACCGGUACGCAGAUUGGAGAUGUGACUGAAGCAACCGCGCUUGGUCGGGUUUUCAGAGCCAGCAGGUCCGCCAGUGAGCCUCUAUACAUGUAAGUAAAAUAAAAUCUCAUUACAUGUUUUUUCUUCGGUUUUAGUCGGACCAUAUCCAUCAACCGUGUUUGUUUCCAGACUGUGGAAGUCCCGCUUAUAAGUAUUCUCACACACUUGUUAACUUGAUCUCCCCGUAGUGGCUCUAUCAAAGCAAACAUCGGCCAUCUUGAAGGAGCCAGCGGCCUCGCCGGUAUUCUCAAAAGUAUCAUGAUACUUGAGAAUGGAAUCAUUCCUCCGAACGCCUUGUUUGAGAAACUAAACCGAAAGAUUAAUGCCAGAUUCUACCAUCUCGAGGUAUAACCUCUGAACUUGGGGAUUCGUUUUGAUUUAUUCUAGGCUAAUUAGCUUUAGGUGCCUACUUCUCCUGUCCCUUGGCCGACACAAGGCCUGCGGCGAAUCUCGAUUGAUUCUUUUGGAUUUGGUGGAGCCAAUAGUCACAUUAUUCUCGACGACGCUUAUCAUAUCAUUGAGGCUCUUGGACACGUAGCCAAUCAUCACGCACUCACUGGCCCUAGGCUUCUCACCAACACACCUGAGAAGGUAGUUAAUGGGAUAAAUGGCGUGAGCGGAACAAACGGGGUGAACGGAGCGCACGAAAUCAAUGGAGUGAACGGCACCAACGGUACCAAUGGAGAGAGCCACGCAACCAGCAAAACAGACGCAACGCCUGGAUACAAGUUACUGACAUGGUCUGCACGAGACGAGGCCGCCCUGAAGCGGAUGCUAGGUCUGUAUGAUGGUUAUCUGAAAACCAAGGUGCACGAAGAUACUAGCUUCCUACAGGACCUGUCCUACACGCUUGCUACGCGUCGGAGUCUAAUGGCCUGGAGGGCAUUCUCAGUUGUUGAUGGGCAGGGGGCCGUAGAGACGUUGAACCUCUCUGCUGCAAAGUGCGAGCGCGCAGCGCGUGAUGUUGGAGUGGCCUUCAUCUUCACCGGCCAGGGAGCGCAAUACGCCAACAUGGGAUUGGAGUUGCUUCGCUACCGUGUCUUCCAAGCUACACUUGCCGAGAUACAGGGUGUUUUCAAAGAUGUAGGAGCUGAGUGGUCAUUAUUUGGUAAGUACUGCAUUUUGCCUUACCUUCAUCGUUGAUAGAACAACUUUCAUUAACAAGAAAAACGACAGAUGAACUGAAAAACCAAAAGCGAAUUAAUGAGGCAGAGUUCAGUCAGCCUCUGUGCACCGCGCUCCAGAUAGCACUGGUCGAACUGCUGGGAACUCUGAACAUCUUCCCCGAUGUUGUAGUUGGGCAUUCGUCGGGAGAGGUGGCAGCAGCUUAUGCCGUUGGAGCCUUAUCCCUUCGAGCUGCCUGCACAGUCGCUUACCACAGAGGACGUCUUGCCAGGCAGGUCGCUGCAGCAUCUUCGCUGAAACCAGGGGCGAUGAUGUCCGUGAAUCUCACCGAACACGAAGCCGAAUCCUAUUUAGCAAAGAAAUCACUGCCCGGAAGCGUUUCCGUUGCGUGCAUCAAUAGCCCCGGCAACGUGACGCUAUCCGGCGAUGAGGCUGCCAUUGAUCAGGUGCAGGCAGAGCUCGACAAGGAUGGCGUCUUUGCUAGAAAGCUCAAGACGGGUGUUGCCUACCACUCGCCUGCUAUGCUUCAAGUCGCAGAUGAGUACCGAUCCAGCAUGGGCCAUCUCGAGGCACGAGAGUUGCAGCAUGACGGCAACCCCUUCAUGGUGUCGAGCGUCACAUCUCAGAAGGUUACGCCAAUCACCCUGCUGGAUCCCCAGUACUGGGUCGACAACCUGGUGUCACCCGUACGGUUCGCCGAUGCGCUGCAGUACAUUGUUCACGCAGCGCCGAAGCUAGAUGGCUUGAAGCCCAUCACCAACUAUCUCGAGAUCGGACCCCAUGCAGCAUUGCAGCGACCCGUACGCGACUCUCUGGCCCACGCGGGCAACAGCACGGCCAAAUACGGAUCAGUACUGUCAAGACAGGAAACCCCCUCGAAAACGCUCAUGCAGUUGGUUGGCCAGCUGUUCACUAGUGGAUAUCGUGUUUCGAUCACAGCGGCUAAUCAACAGGAUGGCGCCUCUCCAGAUGCCAAGCUCGUAGUAGACACUCCUCAGUACCCAUUCGACAAGACGCUGACAUACUGGCAUGAACCUAGAGUCACUCGUGAUUGGCGACUUCGUGAAGGUUCCCCAAAUACCCUCUUGGGUCUACGGGCAAGUGACUGGAACCCACUGCAACCGCGUUGGAGGAAGAUGCUCAGAGUUGAGGAAGUUGGCUGGGUGGCAGAUCACGUCGUGGACAACGCUGUCGUUUUCCCGGCCGUUGGGUCAGUUGUGAUGUCAAUCGAAGCAGUGAGACAGACUGUUGGUGGGAGCCAACCUAUCCGAGGCUACCAUGUGAGGGAGGCCACAUUCACGAGUCCCAUCGUCGUCACCCCGGGACAGACAACAGAGGUUAUGACACACCUCCGCUCUCUGCAGCAGACAUACGAGAGGUCCGCCACUCGGUUCGAGAUUGAGAUAUUUUCAUUUGCGGAGAACUACUGGAGAGCGUGCGCCAAGUGCGUCGUUCAUGUUGAGUUUGCGCAGGAUGCUCGCACAGAAGUUGAUGGCGGUCAGGAGAACCAGAUUCUCGCCGAGUCGCUGGCCCGCAGAUACGACGAAGCCAAGGGCAACGCAAGAUUCAGCAUCCCCAAUGCCGAUUUCUAUCCAUGGCUGCAAGAUAACGGUUUCAAGUACGGGCCAACCUUUUCUCUUGCUGAUCAGGUCUGCUGGGACGGGGGUGAUCUCGCCAUUGCCGAAGUGAACGUUGGGGCCCCGGUUGACUCGUUUAAAGAGGGUGUUGUCCAUCCUGGCAUUCUCGAUUCCUGCUUACAGAUCUGCCCUAUUCCACCAUCCGAUGGAAUGUCCUUGAAUAUUCCGACCUCCGUCCCUCAUCAGAUCAAGGAUGCCUGGAUUGCGGAGACUGGGUGGCUCAAUCUAUCCACGGAACGGGUCAAGGUCUUGACAGAGGCAAAGCUUAAGCCCAUCGGUGCUGGUAUGGACUGCGAAGUGUCUAUACUAUCAGAAACUGGUGGCCUCCUUUGCCAUAUCAAGUGGCUGGAAAUGUCGCCGCUCAUGGCAAGUGAGCUUGGUACUACUGGCGCGAGAAAGUUGUUACAUCGCCUUGACUGGAAGCCUCACACGUCGUUGCCUGCUCUUGAACAGGCCGAUGGUGAACAGCACAAUGGUUCUUCAACAAAUGGUUCUUCAACAAAUGGUGCUUCAACUAAUGGUUCCUUAGCCAAUGGAAAGCCAUCAGGGAAGGAAGACACGGCGGCUCAUGACCGAUCAGAGCUUGAACAGACUCUAAGCUCCGUCGCACAGAAGAGUAUUGUGGACCUAGGGGAUAUCGACUGGGAGAAAGCUCCAAACCACAUGAAGAAAUAUAUCGCCUGGAUAGAACGUCAAGUUCAACAAGAGACAAACGGGGAAACCCCUGAAGUGGGCGUUCUCGCGAGCAAAUUGGAAGACCUGGUCACGAAACAACCCUCAUGGAAGGUGUUCGCGGACAUCGCAAAGAACUUUGUCUCGAUAGUUCGUGGAGAAGCCCACGAUGUCGAACUGUCCAUUUCAUCGACCUCGUUCCAAGAUUAUCUUGAUGAAGCGGUAGCUACAGUCUUGAACCAUGAUGUCGAGUCCCAUCUUGAACUGUUAGCUCACCAGAAGCCGACUCAGAGGAUCCUUGAGCUUGGCGCCCGUAGGGGCGCCCUUACAGAUUAUGUCCUAUCAGUAUUCCAGGGAAUUGAAGCUCGUACGGGGGGAAUAGCAUUUUCCGAGUACACAUAUUCAGAGUCGUCCACAGAACUGCUUGAAAAAGCCAAAAAGCGAUUUGCUGAACAUCUGCACCGGAUGGAUUUCACGAGCAUCGAUGCUAACAAGGACCUGAUCGCACAAGGGCUGCAGCCUGCGAGCUACGAUGUGAUUUUCGCGUCAGAGGUCAUCAGAGGAGCUAAGGACGUUUCAGCCGUCCUUCAGAACCUCCGAAAGGUGCUUGCACCUGGUGGUCAGCUGUUCCUUCACGAGAUCACUGCCCUUGGCCGGUAUGAGAUUGGCUUCGGCUUCGGCGCCGCUGCAGACUGGUGGAGUGGCCAUGAAGACGAGCAGGACUGGGAUUGGACGACAACUCCCGCCCAAUUGGAUGCGGCGUUGAAGGAGAAUGGAUUCUCAGGCGCCGACUUGGUGAUCAAGGAUAGCCUCGUGGUGUCGAGGGAAGCGACCCAGCCCGGCCUUCCACUUACGGGUACUACAGUCUUCGUUGUGGUCGAUGACGAUGAGUUCCAAAAGUCGCUUGCGAAGAGUAUCGUGCAGGGCGCUAGCUGGAAUUCCCGAGUUCUCACUCUCAAAGAGGUGGCAGACCAGAACCUCGAGUCGGGAGAUUAUGUCAUCUGUCUCGCGGACGUCUACAAGCCAUUCCUGCACCCUAUGAAGCAGGAAACUCUGAACCUCGUUCGAGAAUGGGUGCGACAAUCAACAAGUUUGUUCUGGGUUACUGCGUACGAUACGAAGACCAAUGAUCUUCCCUCGCCCUAUGUCUACGCAGGGAUCAAGGACGGGUUUCUCCGUACGCUACGGUCUGAGUAUGCUCUGAAUCGUAUCGUCUCUGUCACUGUUGGUGACAACAGUCGUGAUGUCUCCGCAUGCGCCAAAUACGUGUCUAGUAUCUUUGCAUCAGCGUUUGGUGGGCUGGUUUCUGACGAUGAGUACAUUGUGAAGAACGGCCAAGUCUUGACCGGACGACUCGUUGAUGACAUCAACACCAACAAGGAUCUGACAUUGUCUAUCGAACCAGAAGGUAUCACUGAGCCGUGGUUGCCAGGCCCGCCACUGAGACUGGCUAUCCAAACUCGCGGACAACUUGAGACUCUGCAGUUCAAAGAAGACCUUGCUUACUUCGAUGAGCUUCGCCCAACAGAUGUCGAGAUUGAAGCCAAGGUCUGGGGCGUCGGCUUCCGUGACGUGUUUGUUGCCCUCGGCCGUCUGGACGAAGACGAUUUUGGUGCAGACUGCGCAGGUGUUGUAACAAGAGUGGGAGCCGAGGUCACAUCAUUCAAGGCCGGGGACCGUGUUUGCAUGCAGACGGUCGACGGCAUGAGGACCUACCCCAGGUCGCAUGAAUGGACGACGGCCAAGAUCGCAGAUAAUGUCUCAUUCGAAGACGCUUGCGCCAUUAUUAUCCCCGGCAUGACCUCACUGCAGGGUCUCAUCGAAGUUGCACGCCUGGAUCAAGGCGAGAAGGUCUUGAUCCAUUCAGCUUCUGGCGGCACAGGUCAGCUGGCAGUCCAGGUCGCUCAGUGGGCUGGGGCAGAGGUCUUUGCGACUGUGGGAUACGACCACAAGAAGCAGCUGCUGAUAGACGAGUAUGGCAUCCCCGCUGACCACAUCUUCUACAGCAGAGAUACCAGUUUUGCCCAGGGCAUCAAGAGAAUCACCAAUGGCUACGGUGUCGAUGUUGUUCUAAACUCCCUGGCAGGCGAGCCUCUGCGUGCCUCUUGGGACUGCAUUGCCCCAUAUGGCAGAAUGAUCGAGAUCGGCAAGGCUGAUAUCAAUGCCAACUCAUCGCUACCGAUGGGGGGAUUCAAGAAGAAUUGCCUGUAUGCAGGUGUUGACCUUCACCACAUAGUAAAGGAUAUAAACAAGAAGCGUCUUGCAAAGAGGCUUCUGCAAAAGGCAAUGGAUCUGGCCAGUGAAGGAAGUGUCCGAGCACCAAGUCCUCUUCACGUAUACGAUGUGGAUAAGGUGGAAGAUGCUUUCCGCUAUCUUGCGAGCGGGAAGAAUACAGGUCGUAUUGUGAUCCGUGUUGAUUCGUCAACGGUUGUUGAGGUAAGAGAUGAGACGUAGAUGAAAUCUAAGACUGGAAGAAUGACUGCUGACAACGUAUUAGAAACAAUUGAUAAAGCGAAGAACUUGGACCUUUGAUGAAAAUGCCACAUAUCUUGUAGCUGGUGGUCUCGGCGGUAUUGGCCGUUCGAUACUUCGGUGGAUGGUCACGCGAGGGGCGAAACACUUGCUCGUCCCAUCGAGAUCUGGUGCUGCAUCUUCCGCAGCGUCCGAGCUUGUGCGUGAGCUCUCUGAUCAAAAAGUCGUUAUAUCAACACCGAAAUGUGACGUAUCUUCGAAAGAGUCCCUCGCCAGCAUACUUGAGGAGUCUUCUGCGACUUUACCUCCAAUCAAAGGGUGCCUCGUUGCGACUAUGGUCCUGAAUGUAAGUAACAAAACAAAUGUUCAUCUUCGUCAUCUUGCCCCGGCUGUGAAACUGAUUGCUCACUUAUCUUUAGGAUUGCAUAUUCGAAAACAUGACCCUGACACAAUGGGAGGAGACCUCGCGCUCUAAAGUUGAAUCUUCCUGGAAUCUCCAUGCACUGCUUCCCAACUUGGAUUUCUUCAUACUCCUCUCAUCCAUCUCGGGUGUGGUCGGAAAUCCAGGCCAGAGCAACUAUGCAGCAGGAUGCACAUUCCAGGAUGCACUGGCACGAUAUAGAAGCCAGCAAGGCCAGAAAUCCAUCUCCAUCGACCUCGGUGUGAUGCGCAGCAUCGGCAUCGUUGCCGAGAGUGAGAAGCUUCAGAAGCAUUUCCAGGGAUCGAAGGGUUUCAUCCAGAUUGAGGAAGCCGAGUUCCUGUCACUUCUCAACAUCUGCUGCGACCCGUCGUACCAGCCAGGCGAGCAGCAGUGCCAGAUGGUAAUGGGCCUCGAGACCCCUGCCAGUCUUCUCGCACGCUCCAUCGAGCCACCCGAGGUCUUGCAGAGGCCGCUUUUCGCCCGCUUCAGUCAGCUCCCAGGCAGGUCCGCCAGUAGCAGCGACGGAAAUGCGGUAGACGCAGGGCAGCUCUUCCGCCAGGCCGAGACGAUGGCCGAACGUGCUCAGGUGGUUGUCGAGGCCCUCUCCAAGCGACUUGCGCGGACACUGACAAUCAAGCUCGAGGACGUCGACACGCACCAGGCCCUCCAUGCGUACGGCGUCGACUCACUAAUUGCUGUCGAGUUUAGGAGCUGGCUUGGCAAGGAGUUUUUAGCCGAUGUGCCUGUAUUUGA